CCAUUUCACAGAGACCUGUUUCAGAGCUUCAGGGCCCAGACAGAAGAUUCUAGAAAGACGCAAGUUCUGAUUUGCUUCACCUGAGGCAGUUCUUGGUUUCCUGCGUAGCAUGAGUGAACCUUCACAGGCCUCUACUCUCUUCCAGGAGCAGCACAAAAUGAACAUGGCUCAGAAGGGAUCCGUGUCAUUCGAGGAUGUGACUGUGGAACUCACCCGGGAGGAGUGGCGACUGAUGGGUCCCAGGGAGCGGAGCCUAUACAGGGACGUGAUGCUGGAGAACUACGGCCACCUCGUUGCAGUGGGGUGCUGCUUUACCAAACCCAAGGUUAUCCUCAAGUUGGAGCAAGGAGAAGAACCAUGGCCGCUAGAAGUCAAAUUCCUAAACCGGAAGUACCCAG